AUGUCUUUUUGCAGAAGAUAUGUUGGCAAAAGACAUGAUAUUAGACCAGAACCAAGAUGUGUCACAUUUAGAAAGGAUGCUGAUGUAGGAUUAGGGUUAAGGUUGGCUGGAGGGAAUGCUACAGGAACAUUUAUAGCCUCAGUUACUGCAGGCUGUGCUGCUGAAGCUCAAGGAUUAACAGAGGGUGAUCAAAUAUUAAAGGCAUGGAUAACAGACCAUGGUGUUAAGGCCAGUGAACGUGAAAUAACUGGUAUGACUAGAGAAGAAGCUGUAGAUUAUUUAACUAGUUUACAAGGAGAAGUAACUCUAGUAGUGCAAUAUAAAAAAGAAGAAUAUGACAGAAUUAUGGCGAGUCAUGAAGCUGGUGACUCUUUUUAUAUCAAAACACAUUUCCAUUUUGAAGGCGAUUCCGAAUCAGGGGAACAUUCGUUUAAUAUUGGUGAUCUAUUCCAUAUUAAAGAUACUUUAUUCCGUGGUGUAGGUGGUUCAUGGCUAGCUAUUAAACUAGAUAAAAACUUUCAGGAAACUAAAAAAGGAACAUUACCAAAUACUCACAAAGCUGAGACAAUAUGUCAAUAUCAACAACAACAAAAUAAUGAUAAAGAAAACUUUCCAAAUAAAGGUCGAGGUAGCCUGUUCCGACGGAAAGCAGCCAGAAGAGCUAAAUCUCUGGGAAAAGAUCAUUGGGAGGAGCUUAUAUUUUCUGGAGUUAAUACCAAAUUCUCAGCAUAUCAAAGAGUUGUUCUGAGAGAAGCUGGUUUUGUUCGUCCUGUUGUUAUUUUCGGUGGUAUAUCAGAUAUAGCUAGAGAGAAAUUAUUAUCUAAUUAUCCAGACAGAUUUGAAGCACCACUAGGUGAAUCCAGUUCAGAAGAUUCCAAGAAAAAGUCUGGUAUAAUCAGAUUAGGUUCUAUACGUGAUAUUAUUACAAAGAGAAAACAUGCAUUAAUAGACAUCACACCUCACCAUGUAGAUAGAUUAAACUAUGCUCAGUAUUGUCCUAUAGUCAUAUUUAUCAAAGCUGAUAAUAAACAAGCUAUAAAAGAUUGUCGUUCCAAGUUGAAAACUUCCAGUAAAAACCCUAAAAAGCUCAUGGAACAUAACGAAAAACUAGAAAAAUUAUAUGCUCAUUUAUUCACUGGUAUUAUCAAUCAUAACAGUUCUGAUAACUGGUUUCCUAAACUCUGUGAAAUAAUCGAAGGUCAGAAUCAUCAGAAGAUUUGGAUGUCUGAGAAGAAACCUGAAGAUGAUAUCAGUGAUGAUUUCCUCUUCCCCAUGCCAAAUAGAAUGAGUUAUGCUGGUCCUGAAGGGGGUGAUGUAGAUGGUACUGCUAAUCAUAAUAUGGAUGGUAAAGAUAAAAAUAAACUAGUACGGUCCUCAUCUGAUCCCAAUCUUAAUGUCAAUGACAAGAUACCUGGUACACCAUCCUACCAUAUACCUUCAGAUUACACUCAUCAGCAUGGAUAUGAUGAAAGAAUACCAUAUAAUGGUGACUAUAGAGAUCAUACAUAUUAUAGAGAUGAAAGAGGAAGACCAGAAGACCAUUACUAUCCAUCUUAUUAUGCUCAAAACAGUCCAUCAUACUCACAGAAUCGUAGUAACAUCGAUCCUUACGCAACUAUUACACCUAGUGAAAGAUUACGCCAUAGAUCUAUGGAUGUUGGACCGAACAGUAAUGCAUAUAUUCAACACAAUGGUAGAUUGAAUUCUAAUGAUACUUACAGACCACAAUAUUCUUCUGUACAAAAACUAUCAUCUACUUCUCCUUAUACAUCACCUCAUAGUGCUCAACAUAAUCACAAAGCAGUUCAUACAGAUACAUCGUCUCACAGUAGUGACAGUUAUAAACGUUAUGUUAGUUCACCAUCUAAUAAACAUGAUGAUUCUAAAUUACGAGAUAAAUUUGGUAGUUUAGUUAUAACUUCUGGUAAGAAAUCAGAUAAAUCAGAUCCCUACAGAUUUACUCGCAGUACCACCAAUCCUGUAAGUUCUGCUAAUGUAGAUAGAACCAAAAUAUCAGACCUUAGUGCUAAAUAUAGGAAAGAUGAUCAAAAAGUCAGUUCUCCUAAUACUUCAUCAUCGUCAUCUCGAGGACCUCCACCACCUGUAGCACCUAAAACGAAACGUGAACCCCCACCAGUACCAGUUAAAAAUUACACUCUAAAAGAACGAGGAGUGGCAUUUACUGAUGAAAAAUCUAGAAAUUAUGAAAAUUCUAAUAGGAAUUAUAAUUAUCAAGACUAUUCCUCUCCUAGUAGACAUCAAUAUAAUGGUACUGACAACGUUCAUCAUCCUCAUUUACACGAUACAGAAGGACCAUACGAAUAUAUCUCCAUUAAACAUCCAAAUAGUCAAAUAAGAGAUUUACGACAAAAUGGUGUAGAUAGGGAGGGACUACAUCAUGUUGACAAUCAUUCAAACUAUCAUCCUUCAAAUCAUAUCAAUAGUUACGAUAAUCAAAUAUAUAGCAGUGAAUAUUAUACAGACAAUAUACCCUACGAUCGCAACGUCAAAUCUUUCGCUAAUCAAAUGUAUAUGGACCAUGGUGAUUUAGAUUCUAUGCGUACCAGUAAAGAACAAUUACGUAGUGAAUAUUAUCCUCCCAUAGAGAAUGGCUAUACUAGACCCAGAACUGAUGAUGAACAACUUGAGGAACUGAGUCAAUUUCGUCAGCGUGCAAAAUCUGAAUCUCGGAUAAAAACUUCCUCAUCCCCUCCAAAAUCAGAACGAUAUAAAAGUUGGGACCCUGAUAAACAUGUACGAGAACAUUUUGAAUCGUAUAUGAAGUUAAUUACCCCUGGUUUCUAUGGACACAAGAAACAGUUUUCUCAAUCAUUUGGUGAUGUUCGAAAUGGUGAAAGGGUAGCAGAAGGUCAACAGAAUGGAAUAGGAGCCUUUAAAGCCUAUAGAAAAUCUCAACCUUUGAGUACAUUUGGUAAAAAAGAUCCUGCAACAAUUGAAAGACAGUCACCAUUAAAGGAACAAAAUCCACCUGAAAACUCACACGCUCUUGAUGACAGUUGUUCAUUUGUUCCUGUACCCCCUCCUCUACCCUAUGUGGAGAGUAAGAUAAUAGUGCCCCACCCCUCUCCAAUAUUUAAUAAUGUGGUCGAGACUGAUAAAGGAGAUAAUACUAGUAGUUGUGAUGGUACCUUGUCUAGUAACUCUACACCAGAUACAGUUAUACAAGGGAUGGAUUUUGGCCGAGAAAUAGAUGAAAACCAUACAGUACUAGCAACAGCUAGAGGUAGUUUUGAUUCUAAUGGUGGUGUUCUAGAAUCUAAAGAAACAGGAGUUAGUAUUAUCAUACCACCAGGAGCUUUAGCAGAAGGACCAAAGCAAGAAAUAUAUUUUAAAGUCUGUAAAGAUAAUAGUAUUCUUCCACCAUUAGAUAAAGAUAAAGGAGAAACAUUAUUAAGUCCAUUAGUAAUGUGUGGUCCUCAUGGUUUAACAUUCAAUCAUCCAGUAGAGUUGAGAUUACCACAUUGUGCUGCUGUAAAUCCUGAUAGUUGGUCUUUUGCUUUAAAAUCUAGUGAUUCACCCUCUGGUCAUCCUACUCAAUGGCAGAAUAUGAAUCUAGCUGGUAUGGACGGUGUUACUCAAGGUCAUGUGGGUAAAAAUAGUGUAUCUGUUAUGGUGGAUCAUUUUUAACGUGACAAUUUAAUAUCUUGUCACCCAGCAUCACCAGCACUACCUCAUAUUACCAUACACAAAUUGAUUUACCAGACGUUCAGAGAAAUUUGCUUUUCUGUUUCCCAACUUCACGAAACCCCAAAUCAGGAAGACUAUCCGUUAAUCAAUAACCAGUUAACCAAUCAGAUUGCAUUUCUGGACUCUGGUAAAUAAAUCUUAAUUGUUACCAUGUUUUCAUGCUUUCUUACUUAAGUUUGUGAAACUUUCAAAAAGCAUAUUUUAUUUUAUUUUUUUUUAUCAUAAAGUAACUUUGAGUAAAAAAUGGCAUCACACAAGUAUAAUGGCAGGCUUUAGAUACUUAAAUUUGAGUAAAAGAAAUGGCUGAUAUUACAGCUUUGUGUGAACUUAACAAAAUGCCUUACAUAUUUUAAGCAAAUUAGGCUUUUAGAUCUCUGUUAGUUCUAAAAAUGGAAGCAAUAUCCUUUACUGCUUUCUGUGUUUCUGACAUAUCAGAACAAAUGAAAUCUAUAGUUAAUGAGAAACGUUUUGUUUUUAUUGUUACAAACUUGUUAUUGUGCAGCAAAAUAUGCUUUUGGAAAAACUCUAAUAUGAAUUAUUAAGUCGGUAAAUUAGAAAUGAUUAUUACUUAUUGUUAUUGUGAUAUUAGGCUAUUGUACUUAAAGGCAUCUUUAUAUUCUGAUCACUUCCCUGAAUUGCUUGUCGUGAUAUCUUUCCCAAAUAAGUAUUUAAAAUUGUGCUUUUCAAAAAUAGUACCUUGUCAGGUUGUGUAAAUUUCAUGAAAUAUAUGAUCAAACUACCUGAUGUAUUUAAAAAAUAUAAAAAAGAAAAUUCUGUGUUUGUUUUAAAGGUUACAUGUACAAUUCUAGCAUUAAAGGACAAGUUUCAUUUGUACAGAUUUCCCUUAAUCUCUCUUAGAAAAUUGUUCUCAUGUUUUGUGAAAUCAUCAUCUGGUUGUGUAUUUCUGUUAUUUUUUGAAAGAUAUAUAUGUUCCUGCAAAGUUUCAUGCAGGAACAAUCAAGGUUUACAAACCAAACAUGUCCUUUAAGGUUUAUUCUUUAGAUGCAUUAAGAGACUAGAAGUCUCAAAGUAUAUUUAUAUACAUAAUAUAGGGUUGUGACUAUGAACUUAAAAAAAAGGUUGAAUUGUGCUAAAUCUUGUUUAAUUGUUGUGUUGUGUUUUAUUAUAUUUGUUAUUGUUUUAUAAAACCUUAUUAUAAGGUCUGUUAUUAUAUGUAUAUAAAUUUUACUUAUAUUUAAAAUAUUUUUAAGAAUCUUUGUUAGAAAUAGAGAAGCAAGUAAAUUUUUCUCUGUUUUAGUAUUGUUAAGGUUUCUGCUCAUUUGUAUCUCACUUAAAAAAAAGACUUUUACAAACUGUAAUCCAAAAGGAGUGUCGAAAAGCUGACAAAAUCAAUGAGGUAGACAGGAACUAAGUCAUGUUCCUUAAGCAACGGUAGGAUUAUUCAGAUGAUCAUUAUCAUGUAACAUUGCUUGGAACAUGGAACUAACUAUGAUAGCCAUUAACUUUACAUUUGAAUAUCAUUGGCUGAGCAAUCUAAAUAUGAUUUGCAGCAUGGUGUUUUCGACCAAUCAAGUGUUUUAUCUGUAAAAUGGUAACCUUGAUAUAAGCAUUACAUGACCAUUUGGACAACAUAUAUUACCUUUAUUGAGGAAGAGUUAAAGUGCAGUGUCAUGUUAUAAGCAGAAAAAAAAUCAUUAACAAUGCUGUAAGAUAGCCUAAAAAGAAUCUUUAUUAUUUUUUCACGUUUAAAAGAUAUUUAUAUAUUCCUGUUAUCACUGCCCCGACUUUUUCUUAUAUAGGUUAUCAUUAACUUGUUAUAGUUUUGCAUUUGUAUAUCAUCAUUAUUAUAGCUGGAAUUUGUAUAUCAUAAUCACUAUUAUAGCUGGCUUUUGUAAUUUUGCAUCAUUCUUGCAGUCUGCUUUUUCUUAUCAUAAAAGUUCCCAUUAGUCUCUGCUUUUCUAUAUCAUCCUUAUUUCUGUGUAUUCUCUUUGCAAUUUGCAUUUUCGCUCACAUUAUUACAAUUUGCAUUUUUGUAUCAUCUCUGUAAUUUGCAGUUUAUAAUUAUCAUCAUUGUAAAGUACUUUAUUUUUCUUUUAUAUUUAAUCUGUCUUCCUUGGAUUCCUUAUAUAAUAAUUAUCAAGAUCAGGUUUGUGUUUGAAACAUCAGAAGUUGCAAAAAGCAAUCUUGACUUAAUAAAGAUAUCAGCUUUGUCAACAGUUUUGAAAAACAGUAAAUUUUGAUGUUUCUGAAAAUCUAAGUAUGCUUUAUUUCUACAUACAAGCUUUAAAUGUCUUCCUUUUAUCUUUGUAUUUGUGAAAUUUCAAAUAUUUUGCUAAUGCAUGAAUAUCUAUUUUCUCAAUUUUCAUAUACUCUUUGUAAUUUUGCAUUUUACCUGUAUGAACCAAAGACAGACCUCUCUCCAUAAUUUUAAGCUGACUUAAAUGGAGACUUAACUCUUGUUAAAUGAUAUUACUUCUAAUAAUUAUCAAAUUACAGAAGGCAGCCUUGUUAACAAAAACAACUUAACAAUUAAAUAUAAUACAAAACCAU